CGUAAAGAGUUCGAUUCUUCACCUCACCUCACCGUGACCUGCUGGUUCUCUUGUAGAUAUAUUCCUAUGAAGAUGCUUAAUACCGCUUGACGCCUUGUUCACCGUCACUUCACCCGCGCAAGGCUCCAGGCUGCAUCCUGCGCAAUGCGCCCUACGUAAAGUCGCAUACCUAGACCAGCGCUCCCCUCCGCUCCAAUCUUACCUGUACCAAUUCACUCCGUGAUGCCAUAGGUUUCGAAAUCCGCAGCAAACGGCGCCAUGGCAGAACGUCCGCGUAUAACACCAGCGUCUCCGAUCCCCAUCACACCCAAGAAGCGUGGUGGAGUGUUGCAAAACCUCCUGGCUAUGUUCGCUUCACAAAGCUCAGCAGAGGCUGCGACUAAGACACGGCGCGUCUCUUCCCAGGAGUCUAAGCGCGAAGAUCCCAUUGUCUCUCGUGACGGUGAAAACAAAUCCGAGCGGCACUCACUGCCACGCCUAGAUUACGGCCUUGCUGAAGACUCGACAGCCGACUGUGACGAGCACUCUGCCUCCAUAUCGAGCCCCGAGAACGAACCGACGACGACGACUAUCUCUGUGCCUAAAGGCUCUCGCGCUAGGCGCUCCAAGCGGACGAGAGAAGAAGAAGGGGCCAUCAGUGAAGACGAGCUUGCACUGUCUGCCCGCCCGGCACGCAAGUCGAGUUCCAGGAUUGAGGCAUACACACAGGAGCUGAAAAUGGAGAAGCGCAAGAAGGAGCGCGAAAGCACUGGUUCGCUGAGGCGGAGCACGCGCGACAGGACGAGCACCAUCCUCGAGUCCGACACUGUGCCUACUCCGUCGCCCACGCGCAAGGGACGGACGCCAUUACGGAAACUCGACACUGCGCGAACCCGUCUUCGCGACGACAUUGCCCACAAGUCAAAGACAAAGGCGAACAAUUUCCUCGUCGCUAACAAGGACUACUUCCUACCGCUACUGCCGCCUCACAACCACGUCUCCAAGCUCGUGGCCCAUCACAAUGCGAAGCCAAUUGUUGAAUACGAGGAGCUUAGCGAGCAGCCAGCGGGUGUCACAGCCGUCAUGAAGCCUUACCAACUCUCGGGCCUUUCCUACCUCGUACAUCUAUACAACAACGGUUUCUCUGGUAUUCUAGGCGACGAGAUGGGCCUUGGAAAGACUCUACAGACCCUGUCGCUCUUCCAGUACCUCGAAGAGCUCGACCAGAAGAAUGGUUUAAGCUCCGAAGAGCUUCGCCCCUAUCUCGUCAUAUGCCCUCUCAGUGUACUCAACUCAUGGGUCACCGAGGCUCAGCGGUGGGUGCCAGGAUUGAGAGUUAUGCGCUUCCACGGUGCUACGAGCGAGCGACAGCGUCUCAAGAGGGUUGCGGUCGGGAUGGAAGACAUGAAAGGACACGAAACCACUCGCGCCAGGGAUCGGAAGGCCUCACGCAAGGCUGGCCGCAAGGUGUCCAAACUAUCUACUAACGACCAAGACUCCACCUCGUUCAAAAUCAUCGUGACGACCUACGACACGUUUCAGGCGGAGCAGGCAUGGUUCAAGCACGCUUUUGUCUGGCGCUAUGUUGUCCUGGACGAAGGACAUAAGAUCAAGAGCAGCGUCACGCAAAUCUCCACCGCUCUGCGUACUAUCAGCGCCGAGUACCGCCUGAUAUUGACCGGUACCCCCCUCCAGAACAACCUGGUCGAGAUGUGGGCCUUACUCGCCUGGUUAUAUCCAGAUGUCUUCAUCGGGGGAACUGACAAAUUAUUCAAAGAGUCCUUCGACCUCAACAAAGGCAAAGUCAACAGGACAACGAUGGACAACGCUCGUCACUUGCUUGAGCUCAUCAUGCUGCGACGCAUGAAAGACAGCCCUAGCGUCAACCUUGGCCUACCGCCUAAGGAAGAGGUGCUCCUCUAUGUGCCGUUGACCCCUAUGCAGAAAUUUUGGUACACAAGGAUUUUGACUCGCAUCGACAAUGGCAUGCUUGAUGAGCUCUUCGCUGACGGCAAGACGAAAGAAAAGGCGGCAAUCGAACAGGAUAUGCAAGAGGAUCAGUUGCUUCGCAGAAUUGAGAAGCAAGGGAUGGACGCGGACGCCAAGCAGGGCGGCGAAUGGGAGGAGACUGCAAAUAUCAUGCUCGAGGCCAUUGCCAAGGAUCAGUCGAGUGCUCAGACGAAAGGUGCCUGGCAGAAACUCAUGAAUCUCGUGAUGCAGCUACGAAAAUGCUGCUCGCAUCCAUACCUGCUACCUGGGGCCGCGCCGGAUCCAUACUACAUCAGUAACCACAUCAUCCGCGCUUCGGGCAAGUUUAUCCUGCUGGAGAAACUGCUCAAACACACCAUCUUCGACCAAGGCAAGAAGGUACUCAUCUUCUCCGGCUUCACUCGUACGCUCGACUACUGUGAGGACUUAUUAUCCCUUAUUAGCAAUCACGGUGAGCGUUUCAGAUCCCUACGCCUAGACGGCAGCACCGCUCGUGCGCGACGAAAUCUCGAUAUCCGCCUCUUUAAUCAGAAGGAGUCAGACUACAAGGUCAUGCUUCUCUCUACUCGUGCGGGUGGUCUGGGUAUCAACCUUACAAGCGCACAAGACGUCAUCUUCCUCGAUGAAGACUGGAAUCCACAGAUUACUCUACAGGCCGAGGCUCGUGCCCACCGCAUUGGUCAAACAAACAAGGUGACAAUCUACAAGCUGUGUACACAAGGCACCGUUGAGGAACAGAUGAUGGGCCGUAUUCGAAAGAAGCUCUACCUGUCCGCAAAGAUCACAGAAUCCAUGCAAAACAUACACGGCAAAGAGACUCUAGCUAAGACAAAGGGACGAGCAUCACUCACAGACGACAUGCCUCAAAUGGAUACGUCACAGCUCAAGACACUGGUCCGUCGCGGUGCGCAAACGUUGUCGCAUCCUGAGAUUGAUGUCAACGAAAUGGUGUCAUGGGAUCUCGAGACUAUGAUGGCCAAGUGUCGUGACAAGCCGGCUGACCUGACAGUCGCUGAAGGGUCGCAUUCCGAAGUCGACGAAGAGAAAUGGCUGUCAGUCAUGGAACGUGUCGAAUGCGCCGUGUUCGAGGGCAAGCGUUACCAGCGUCAGCCGAAUACCAGGGUUAACACUAAUAUCCUCCCGGACACCAUCACUCGAGAAGAUCGUCGCAAAGGCAAGAACACCACAGUUAUGAUCGAUGGAUACGCAAUCAACAAAGAGUCUUUGAACUGUGGCGACUGGGAGGCUGUACCCACCAUGGCUGGUAAAGACCCUCGUCUCGCGGAACCCGUACGUGAUAAACGACGCGAAUUCAAUCACGAAGAGCACUGCUUAGCCUGCUUCGAAGGCUCAGAUACCGGCCAUAUGGUGGAGUGUCGGAGCUGCCCUCGUGCUUACCACUUCGAUUGCCUCGAGCCUGAGUACCAGGCCAAGGUCAAGGGUUUCAGCGGCUUUUACUGUUCCCAACACAAUUGCGGCGACUGCGGCAAGAACACUACAGAUGCCGGAGGCCUGAUCUUCCGCUGCCGUUGGUGUCCACAAGGCUUCUGCGAGGAUUGUCUCGACUGGGACCAGACUGAUUUGAUUGGCGAGAAUCUACCUGAAUUCGAGUUGUUGCAUGAACCGCCCACCCAUGGCGGCUUCUACAUCAAGUGUCCUACCUGCAUUGAGGCAUGCGAAGAGAGCGAGGAGCAAAAGGCAUGGACAAAGGGCAUGGAGAUCGACUACAAGGAGCAGCACGAUCUCUGGCUUCAGCAGCGCGAAGAGACGCAACGUGAGUUCGAGCAACGCGAAGCCGCCGUAGCAAAACUACAAGAAGCCACCGCGCACCACGAGGCUUCAGCUGCACACACAAACAAGGAGAGCAUGACAGCCGAUAGCCAGUUUCCGCCGCGUAUCGCCCUUAACAAGCGGCCAAGCUACAUCACUAUCGAUGACGAUGAUGAGAUUCCGUCUCCGCCCGCUCUGACCGAUACCUCCCUUCCCACUCCGGCUCUGGGUGGCUCGCGUGUCAGCACCCCAAAAUACAUCGAGCCUCAGCAAAAUCUAAACAAGGGGAAGAAGAGGACUGAUCCAGGCGAAGAAGGGUACGGCGAAACGCGUGAGGAGAAGAGGGCCAGGCUCGAUGCACAGGCCUGGUCGGUAAGUGAAGAUCCACUCAUGAAAGGCUCGGGCUAUACCAAUGGCACGCGCUUCGACUAAAGUACGGACUUGGAGUAAAGAGGUGAAUAGUGAACGGCGUAGGAGUUGACGGCAGUUCAUGCGUUGAAUACCAUGAAGGACCAUGUUUGUAUUUUCGUGCUUGUUUGAUGGCGGCGUUGGGGCUUUCAGUAUACCCACUCUUACGCACUGCGCCACACUACAUUGCCUACCAACACACUUCUGUUCUUAGGGGCAUGAUGUGUAUGUUGAGCGCUUAGGCGAUCCGUUGAAGUGAUUAGAUCAUUUCUGGCGCAGUAUAUGUUCGCUUUAGAAGCGAACGAGCGAGCAAUUCGUAUAAUGAAAUAUGAUGGUAAUCAUAUAAACAAACACGAGUUACUGGCUUCGAGGUUUCGUAGCUUGCUUCCGAUCUGUCGCAGCUCAUUGCAUCCUACAUAUAAAGUCAAAUGUUUCCUGGA